GUACACUACAUCUGUCCACAUUCUUAACCCUGGCACCAGCAUCAACGAAUAAGCCGUCAAAUACCAUAUAUCUAUCAUUGGACUAUUUAUAACAAAAAAUGGACCUGCCCUAUAGGAGCCGGACGUUGCUAAGUCCUAGUAUAAACUUGCCAAUCUUCUCAGCAGCGUCGACGUCGACGUGCACGUUGGAAAAACCAAAAAUACAUAUCCACCCACUGCCGUCAGAAGAUGGCGUGCUCAUCAAGAUCGAACCACCACGAGAGCCCCAAGAUGGCAUUCUGUCUCAUGUACCAUGCGACAUUGUCUUAGUUAUCGACGUGUCUGUCAGCAUGCACGACUUAGCCCCAGCUAUGGGAGUCAACGAAAAUGGGGAUAUGGUCCAAGAAAACGCGGGUUUUACGGUGCUGGACAUCACAAAGCAUGCGGCCUUGACAGUCCUCGAGACUAUGGAUGAGAACGAUCGGCUUGGAAUCGUCACAUUCAGUACGGCGGCUAAGAUUAUACAAAGACUGCUUCCAAUGACUGCGUCAAACAAAGAACUGGCAGCAGAGAGUAUACGGGGCAUGAGAGUCGAGAGUGCCACGAACUUGUGGGACGGCAUUAGGGAAGGACAGGGUCUGUUCGAAGAUGAAUUCAAUACUGGUCGCGUGCCAGCAGUCAUGGUUCUUACUGACGGCCAGCCGAACCACGGGGACCCAGACCGUGGUUAUGUCGCAACGAUCCGUAGCAUGCAGCCACUACCAGCUACUAUUCACACAUUUGGAUUUGGCUACAACAUCAAAUCAGGACUACUUAAGUCCAUUGCUGAGAUCGGUGGCGGAAACUAUGCAUUUAUCCCCGAUUCUGGCAUGGUUGGAACUGUGUUUAUCAACGCAAUGGCACAUCUUCAGUCGACCUUUGCGAACAAAUGCGUCCUUGAGAUCAUACACCCUAAGUUCAUAGAGCUGCAGACUACCACAGGAAAGACCGUCGAUACUGGCGAUCAACACGAGCAAGAGAAAACCGGACGGUCCCAGCUGAACGACAUCUUCUGCAGUAGCGGUACCACCGACCACCAGAAGUUGACUAUCAAACUUGGAAACGUGCAGUACGGACAAUCGAGAGACAUAUAUCUACGCUAUGAAUCCAACUUGAGCCCUGUAGACCACGACCCUGAUUUCGACAUCACUGCAGAGUUCAAAUACUCCCUCAUGCAGUCUCCACAGUACUCUGUGUCAGCUCGCAAAGACUUGCUAGAGGAAACCGAUCUCCCACAGCCCGUCAUCGCAUACCACCAAAGCAAAUCCAUGCUCUGCAAGUAUCUGUCUUCACUCUUCCCAAUGCUAUCCAACGGUGAGCGACUUCACCGUCAAGAUCCUCUAUUCCGCGCGAUACGGUUCAGAGAUUUGAUGGAUCGCAUGCCAGCAUCAAACCACGCCGACCCUUUCAACACAUCACUCAUGGAAGACGUUCAGGGGCAGGUCCAACUCGCCGCCUUGAAUGAUUCGUAUUUCCAGAGAUGGGGCCGGCACUAUUUCCUCAGCCUCUGGGAGGCGCAUGAGAAGCAAAUCUGCAAUACAUUUAAGGAUCCGGGGGUGCAGGUGUACGGUAUCGACAGCCCUUUGUUUCUCAAAUGCAAGGAAGCGCUGGAGACCGCAUUCAGCCAGAGAGUGAAGCCACUGGCGCCUAGUCGCUCGGGUGAAGCGGAUCAGAGAUACAAGUCUGGGGGAGCUAUUCUCCCCAUAGAGAAGUACAACGACAAAAACGGUGGGUGCUUUGCUGGCUCGAGCCUGGCGGCCUUGGCGAGUGGGCACCAGGUUGCCGUCUGCAAGCUCAGAAAGGGGAUGGCUGUGCAAACACCCUUAGGGAGUCGGCAAGUGGCUGCUAUUCUGAAGAUGGGAGCGAAGAGGAUGGUGAUGUGCCAAGUCGGCAACCUGACCGUCACACCGUGGCAUCCGAUCAUGGACUACGAAGGGGUAAAUGGGUACUCGGGGGCUAUUUACUCGGUGUUACUCGAGCCCGAUGAGGCCGUGGACGCGCAUGCUAUUAAGGCCGAUGGCGUUUGGGGGGUGACGUUGGGUCAUGGCUUGUUAGCAGGCACUGAUGUCCGGGCUCAUCGGUUCUUGGGUGACUAUGAGAGGGUUGCGGAGUCUUUCAAAACGAUUGGGGCGGAUAACCGUGGGUUUGUGCGCAGCGCUGGCGUCAGGAGGGAUGGGAAGACUGGCCGUAUCUGUGGGUUUCGAGGCGUGCGAGGUGGACCCUGUCGUUAA